UCAUGACGCAGAGUACGUCGCAGGGCAGGAAGCAGCGAGCGAACGGUCCGCGGUGAUGAUGGAGCUCUGUCCAGCCGACGGGGCUCGCUGUUUUAACAUCUGACAUUUCGGGGGGCACAAUGCUCGGUUUGCUCGCUUGAUGCGCGAUGAGGCUGCGGACGGAGGCAGGAAUGAGUGGGAUGCUUCUGGAGAGCUAACUAGCUGUUAGCUCAGUUAGCGUCCUCCGUCCUGCUGCAGGCGGCGAGCAGCUCAGCUGAUCGGCUGCAGCUCCACACACAGCCCGGCGAGGAGAUGAUGAAGAGGCCUUAAUGUCCGAUCGGCGACGGUGCGCUCAAUCAUCCGGAACAGACAUGGCGUCGCAUCUCCAGGUGUUCUCCUCUCCCUCCGUCUCCUCCAGUGCCUACUCUCGCUCAAAGAGGCUCAAAGUGGAGAACCCUGCCUGGGAUGUGUCCAACCAGCUGGGAGAUGGUGCUUACUACCAGCAGAGCCCCACCCAGGGAGCUGCUCCCUCCACCUCUGGCUCCAACUUCAACCCGGUGUACAACUCCAACCACCUGCCACCGGCCGGCUCCAGGGAGCAGACGGUGGUUCGGGCGGCGGACAGCACCGGCAGCCUUCGCGGGCCUCCAUCCUCCUCCUCUUCCUCCUCCUCCUCCAGCCGGCGCGUCAAAGAUGCGGAGUCGUCCUCGCAGCCGUGCGACCUCUACCACAAGCAGUACAGCCUGAAGAGGAAGAGCGAGGAGGUGGACAGCAGCGACAGCGUCCAGAUCCUGGAGGAGCUGUCGGCCCCCGUGGUGUCGAACCGCACGGGCGGCGGAGGAGGAACCACCACCGCUCAGUCCAUAGCACACUCCACCUCCACCACCAAGAGCAGCAACUCCCACAGCGAGGGCGACUACCAGCUGGUCCAGCAUGAGAUUCUGUGCUCAAUGUCCAACAGCUACGAAGUGCUCGAGUUUCUGGGACGCGGCACAUUCGGUCAGGUUGCAAAAUGCUGGAAGCGCGGCACAAAUGAGAUAGUGGCCAUUAAAAUCUUGAAGAACCAUCCGUCUUACGCUCGACAAGGUCAGAUUGAGGUGAGCAUCCUCAGCCGGCUGAGCACAGAAAACGCCGAUGAGUUCAACUUUGUCCGUUCAUACGAGUGUUUCCAGCACAAGAACCACACGUGCCUUGUGUUUGAGAUGCUGGAGCAGAACCUUUACGACUUCCUGAAGCACAGCAAGUUCAGCCCUCUGCUGCUCAAGUGCAUCCGGCCGAUCCUGCAGCAGGUCGCCACGGCGCUGAUGAAACUGAAGAGCCUGGGGCUGAUCCACGCCGACCUGAAGCCCGAGAACAUCAUGCUGGUGGACCCCCUGAGGCAGCCGUACAGGGUGAAGGUCAUCGACUUCGGCUCGGCCAGCCACGUGUCCAAAGCAGUUUGCUCCACUUACCUGCAGUCGCGAUAUUAUAGGGCUCCUGAGAUCAUCCUGGGCCUUCCUUUCUGUGAGGCCAUCGACAUGUGGUCUUUGGGAUGCGUCAUCGCUGAGCUGUUCUUGGGAUGGCCUCUUUAUCCUGGUGCCUCAGAGUACGAUCAGAUUCGUUACAUCUCUCAGACCCAGGGCCUUCCAGCAGAGUACCUGCUGAGUGCAGGAACAAAGACCAGCCGCUUUUUCAACAGAGGCCCAGACUCGAGCUACCCGCUGUGGAGACUCAAAACGCCUGCAGAGCACGAGGCCGAGAUGGGCAUCAAGUCAAAGGAGGCAAGAAAAUACAUCUUCAACUGUCUGGAUGAUAUGAUGCAGGUGAACAUGACAAACCUGGAGGGCACAGACAUCCUGGCAGAGAAGGCUGACAGACGGGAGUUUAUAGACCUGCUGAAGAAGAUGCUGACACUAGACGCAGACAAAAGGAUCACACCCAUGAAGACGCUGAACCAUCCGUUUGUCACCAUGACGCACCUGCUGCACUUCCCUCACAGCUCACAUGUCAAGUCCUGCUUCCAAAACAUGGAUAUAUGCAAACGCAGAUGCAGCGCCUUUGAGAACGGAAAAAAUCUGUUUGCAAGCAACAACACCCCAAGUGCAGCCACCAACCUCACAGUCACAUUCAGUAGCCAACUAAACCAGCACAAUCAGAUGGCCUCUACAGGAGGUCAGUCAUUGUCCCUCAGCAGCAAUGUCCCACUGCUCAACUACCAGCCCGGCCUGUACCAGCAGGCCACCAUCAACAUCCCCGGUCUGACCCAGCAGGGCGUUCCUCUGCAGACCAGACCCACACAGCUCUGUGCCCAGACUGAACCCUUCCAGCAGACGCUCAUAGUUUGCCCCCCAACCAUCCAAGGUCUUCAAACCUCCAAUAAGCCGUCUGGUUACCCAGUAAGAAUGGACAACUCGGUACCUUUAGUUCCUCAGAACCAGUCCUCCCAGUCUCUUCACAUCCAGCCCAGCAUGCUGGCACAGCAGGGCUGGCCAGCAGGGACGCAGCAGAUCCUCAUCCCUUCCACAUGGCAGCAGAUGCCUGGCAUGUCCAUCCACAACCCUGGGCAGGCUGUGGUGCCGGACUCACCCAUGGGUGCUCCUAUCUCUGACAGUCAGCAGGCUUCAGGCUGGAGGGGUCGCCAUGGCAGCCAGUACGAUGGCGUGAGCCAGCAGGACUCUGGUGUCGGUCGUCACGCUGCCUCACAGAACCACAGCUCAGGAGCCGCUCACUCAAGAUCUCAACCGGGCAAGAGAUCGAAGGCUCGACACGCUGAGAGCAGAGCCAGACCGGUGUCGUCAGUGCAUUCAGCCGCCACUGUGGUUCACAACACGUCUUUUGCUGGUGACCAGUCUCAGCCCAUCGUCAUCUCUGACACACCCAGUCCUGCCGUCAGCAUCAUCACCAUCCACAGCGACUCAGAGGACGAGGAUGAGACAAAGUUCCCUGCUGCCUGCUCCGGAACGAGCCAGAGGACCAACGUGAUCAGCUGUGUGACGGUGCACGACUCCCAUGACUCCGACUCCUCCACCAGCAGCCCCCUGAGCCCCAAAACCACCUCCCAGCCCACCAAGUCUCUGGCCGUCAUCAUGCCCUCUGUGAAGAGCCAGCCUGGAGAGAGCACAACCCACAAGACUCCGGCAGCUCCAGCAGACCCAGCUACAAGUGGCUCAGGAAAGUCCAAGAAGGGUUCUGCUCAGGCGUCCGGUCGGUCAGGAGAUUCCACCACUGACCGCCAUCAACGGGCCGCAUCCAGCAGAUCUCAGCCCCUCAACCUGAGUCAGGUACAGCAGUCUGUGAUGACAUCUUCCCACGAACAAACAGGAAGCAGUUCUUUGAGACGACAGCCCACUUACCCCCCUCCCGUCUCCUCCCACUCGUCCUACCGGCUCCAUGAGAGCACCCUCUUCAGCUCCACCCCAAACCUGUACGCCUACCCGGCCUCUGCCGCCUUGGCCUCCGUGUCCCAGGCUGUGGACCAGAUGCAGGGUGGCUCCUCCCGCCACGGCAGGGCGAACGGAGCUUACUCCUCGCUGGCGCUGCUCCAGAAGAACGGCAGUUUAGCCCUGGGAGGGUCUGCUGCAGGACAAUACGGCAACCACAACCAACAGCAGCAGCAGCAGCAGCAGCCUUUCCACCGCUCCAGUGCUGCCUACCAACGAAAACUUAACCAGUAUCCCUACCUGUAAACACUGAAGGACCAAACCGAGACCGAGACUAGAGACGAGCACAAGCUCAUCACGGGCAACUGUGAUCGGACUCACUUUCAACCCGACUUUUUACUUUGCCUCAUUGUUCAGUCCUAAAAUGUUUGCUUUGUUUUGUUGUUGUUGUUGUUUUUUUAACCAUGAUCAUUUUUUGCUUUAAUCUAUUCUCGUUUCUUUCUGUUGCAGCCCAGUGAGUUAACGGCAACAAACAGUGGAGGCUUUUUAGUGCAUUUCGUCACAGUGCUGGACUCCAGCAUGUGAUCUGAAAUUAAACAGUAAGGUUUAAGGUGACUUGCAGCUUAAUUUUUGUAGGGAACUAAACAUAAAACUAAAUGGCGCUCUAACUUACAGACAGCAAUUUUAAAUUCAUUUUUAAGAUGUAAAUCCCCAUAUUUUGAUUUUAUGUAAGAACUGUGUGUUGUGGAGAAACUGAAACUUAACUGUUAAGCUGCUCUGUUAUUAUUAUAAUUAUUAUUAUUGUUAUUAUGUUGUAGGGCGGCACAGUGGUUGGAGGUUAUCACUUUUGCCUUGCAACUAGAAGAUCCCCGGUUCGCGUCCAGGAUCUUUCUGCAUGGAGUUUGCAUGUUCUCCCUGUGCAUACGUGGGUUUUGUCCGGGUACUCCGGCUUCCUCCCACAGUCCAAAAACAUGCUCAGGUUAAUUGGUAACUCUAAAUUGUCCAUAGGUAUGAAUGUGGGUGUGAAUUUGUCUGUAUAUGUAGCCCUGCGAUGGACUAGUGACCUCUCCAGGGUGUCCCCUCCCUAGGCUCCAGCCCCCCCACUACCCUGAUGAGGAUUAAGUGGUAUAGGUAAUGGAUGGAUGGAUUAUUGUGUUGUAGUAGUCAGAAUCAUCCAAUAAUAGUUUGAAACAACACAUUUACAUAUAAACAGUCGCCUUACUUAUUUAGGCCAAUUUCUCUUUUUUAAGAUUAAAUGUCUGCACAUUGUGAUGAGUUGGAAUAAUAUGUUGUACGUUUCAUGUAUGAAUGUACUGUGUGUUUUAUCUGUACUAUGAAAACAAACGGAGAACAUAAGCUACGUACUGUACUGUAUAAAAAUGUGUCACUGUGUUUUCCUUGUUGGUUCUGUUUGAGUGCUGGCUCAGUUAAAUUCAUGUGUUCAGUAUGUUGGACGACGCGAUGCAUUUCAGUGUGGAGUAGGACGUAUUUAAAGGGGAUGCUUUUUUUUUUACAGUUUUAAAGUUACUGUUAAGGUUGCAUGUGUCUGACAUGGAGUAGCAUUCAGGAGAGGUUUGUAAUCUGCAGCCGCGGACAGAUUAGUAAUGUUACGUUUAAUUUGUACGACAAACACAUUAGUAAUAUUGGGACAAUGUAAAAGUUGUUGUCUUGUGACGUGAUGUCUGUGAAGUAAAGCGUGAACUUAAAAAAUCCGAUUGGGUAUCACACUUAUGUAAAAGUCAAAGCCAUUUAGAUGAAAAUUCACAGUACAGCUUUUGGAAUUGUGAAUAAUGACAUCCGACAAAGAUGAUUUAUAAAGAUAUAAAUCGAUGUUUAGUAUGUUACUGCUUCUAAACAAAUCAUUGGUUUGGUGAAAUGAUGGUUGUUCUUACAAUCCUGUUGUGUCGUGAAGUGCUACAUUACAUAGAACACACGAUGAACCUUAACCUGUAUGUACGCAAUAAAAUCCUCUCAAAACAGAA